AAACAAACCACUCCAUAUUGCUGGGUAAGUGGCCUUUGGUUGCAAGAACUUCACUGAGUGAGAGGGACUUUGAAGCUGUGCACCUGUGUCAUGAACACCCACAGAUGAAAAACUGCAGCUGAAAAGGAUGAAAGCAGUAAAGGGUUGGAAAUUUCAUUUUAAAUUGUAUUCUAAGUUGGACUCCAUUUCAAAGGCAUAUAUUGAAGCAACAACAAGAAAAACAAACACAGAAUGUUGAAGCAUGCUGAAGAGGGGUGAAGUUAUUAGGAGCUACCCUGAUGUUGCACUUGGUUUGAACAUGGCGUCCCAGUCAGAGUCAGCACACCUUGAGAACACAGAAGUAAAGACUGCAAGUGAACACUAUGGUACAGACCUCGUUGAGAACAAGCUCAGUGUGGAGGAUUUUGUGAAGAUACAGCAGGUCUUUGAGUCCCAAGAUCCGAGCCAAACCAUUUGUAUGCCCAGAGAAGUAUUUGUACAGAAGAUGACAGAGACUGUGGGUUGGGGCACAAAAGAAGAAUAUGGAGAACUCUUUGACAAAGUGGAUGUGUCCCAGGAUGGCUUCAUUGACUGGGACAAGCUGACUUCAUUUAUACUGUUAUCACUUUCUGAGAGAGAUGAACGAGCAAAGGCAACAGUCAUUCCCCAAUGGAAGGACCUUGAAUUCCUCCCAGGAAAACACAAGGACACCAUUCAGAAAAUAGUUUUCUUAAAAAGUUCAAGUCGUUACUUAACUAUUAGCAAAGAAGGCUUACUAGGAAUCUGGGGAGAGAACUUGAAGUUGCAAGAAACACUUCCCAUCACUUCAGAUGCUAUCAAACUCAAACACCUGUGGGUGACAGGUUUGGUUUCUCUGGAAAAUGUUAACAAGAUAGCAGUAGCUUUUACAAGCAAAGAGAUUUGUUUCUAUGAUCUACUAUCCAAAGAAGAAUUUCCUUGUCAAUACAAACUCCAAGGCCUUCAAGGAGCUCCCAUAUGCAUGGAUUAUUGGUAUGAUCCUUUUGAUCCAAAAGACUCCAUCCUUUCAUUUGGGGAUAUAACUGGAAAGGUGCAAGCAAUUGCUUUCACAGCAGCAGUAAUUUCCCUCUUUGAACGACCUGCUAAUGCAUGUGAUGAUGAAGAAGCCACCAUGACCAUUGACUGGGCAGAGCUGGUCUCUGGAUGUCACAAGUGUUGUCACGUGUUACAGCACACAACUCAUCAUGGAGACUGGGUCAGGCAAGUUACUUACAAUGCUUCUUUAGAUGCUUUCAUUUCCAGUACAAUGAGCAGUACAAAUACUGUGGUGCUGGCAUGGAGAGAAAAGUCAAAAAAACUCCUUAAAAUGACAUCUUUCAACAUUGCACAGGGCAUUCAUGCUUUUGAUUACCACUCUCGGCUCAAUUUAAUUGCAACUGCUGGCAUCAACAAUAAAGUUUGCCUUUGGAAUCCCUAUGUCCUGUCUAAACCAGUUGGUGUUCUAUGGGGCCAUUCAGCCAGUGUCAUAGCAGUUCAAUUCUUUGCUGAGAGAAAGCAACUUUUCAGUUUUUCCAGGGAUAAAGUUUUGAGACUCUGGGAUAUUCAACACCAGCUGUCCAUUCAAAGGAUAGCUUGUUCUUUCCCCAAAAGUCAGGACUUCAGGUGCCUUUUCCACUUUGAUGAAACCCAUGGACGACUUUUUAUCUCCUUCAAUAAUCAGCUUGCCUUGCUGGCCAUAAAAAAUGAAGCCAGCAAGAGGGUGAAGAGCCAUUUGAAGGCAGUCAGUUGUGUCCUUUACAAUUCGCACCUGAAACAGGUAAUCAGCUCUGAUGUGGGGUCUACUGUGUCCUUUUGGAUGAUAGAAACUGGGCAGAAAAUCAAACAGUUUGCUGGUUGUCAUGGCAAUGCAGAGAUCAGCACCAUGACCCUGGAUGCAAAUAAGACAAGGCUUUUGACUGGCAGCACCGAUGGGACUGUAAAGGUAUGGGACUUUAACGGAUAUUGUCACCAUACUCUUAAUGUUGGGCAAGAUGGAGUUGUGGAAAUUUCACAGAUCCUGGUUCUUAAGAAGACCAUCCUGGUUGUGGGCUGGGAGAGAGCGGUUACUGUAUUUCGACCUCACAACUUUAAUCAGUUUUUCAUCCAGUCUGAAGAGUGGAAAGGGGGAGUCCGUCACCAAGAUGACAUCUUGUGUGCUGCAUUUUUACCCCCGCAAACUCUUGCUACAGGGAGCUAUGAUGGAGAGAUUGUUCUGUGGAAUAACAAUACAGAAAAUGCACACCAUGUUCUUCACCCUGGUUACCAGAGGCAGCUAGCAUCCAUGCUAGACCUAGAAGCCCAAAAGCUUAAUGCUGGCAGAAGCCGUGCAACUCACUGUGUGGCAGACCAGACCAACCAGGCUGCCCUAAAUGUCAAGAUUGACACAGAAGGUAAUAAUGCUGUUAUGAGACUUUGCUUCCUUGAAGCAAGGAAAACCAAUGCAGCCACAGGAGGUGCUAAUCUGGUGUCAUGUGGAGCAUCUGGUUAUGUCAGGUUCUGGGAUAUAUUUAAGAAAGUACUUCUGGCUGAAUUUUUGGCUCAUGCAGGAGUUGGAUCCAUUGUUAUGUCUACUGAUAAACUGAAUCAAUACCUUGCCACUGGAGAUCCUGAUGGAUGCUUGAAAAUCUGGAACAUAGAGGAGUAUUGUACUAAUUCCACUGAUAGCAAAGUCACCCAGACUCCAACUUUGCUCAGAUCACUUCAGCCUCACGAGGACCGGAUAAGCUCCUUGGAGAUGUGUGAGUCUGGUGGUCAUUUGCUUAUUAUUUCCUCCUCGGCAGACUGCAGUGUCUGUGUGACUGGACUUUCCAAUGCUCCUGCCUUGAUCUUUGGUCAGGCAAGUCGUUGGAAUAUUGAAAACUACUUUUCUCUUCCGAAGAGAGAUACUAAUUUAGUAGAAAGUAAGAUUCCAGAGGAAAACAUGGAAAUAAACCCUUUAUUCUCUGAAGAGGAGUCAAGCUUAGACUCAACAGAAGAGAGUCUGCUGACUGAGGAAAACAGAGACAAUUCAACACACACUACAAGAUCAUCAGAAGAAAUGAAUUUCAGUCUAAAAUGUAAGAGGAGAAAUAUCUUUAAGAACAAAACACAUAAACCUUACUAUGGUGAAAUUUUACAAAAAUCAACCAGCACAUUUGGGUCCUUAAGCCUUAGAAACCUGGAAGAGCUGCCGGAAGUGAAGAAACCUGCAUUUCUUCAAGACCCGGACAGAUACUUUAAGGAAGAGCCCGAAGAGGAUGAAUCCCAAAUUCCAGAGCUUCCUUUGCUCUCCGAGACUUUGAAAGCUGUAUUUGAUGAGAAAAGCCUAUUCCCCAAAGAACUUCUCUAUCGUGAAAGACAAGACAAGCCAUUGUGUCAAGAAAGAAAUGGUGAAACAAAGAUAAAGCGAAACAAGAAGCGAUUAUGAUGAAAUAACAGGCAUUCGCUGUGACACAGAGCACUCCUGAGGAUGCAGAGAGCCCGGGUUCCCACUGUCUCUGUUACUUGAAGUAUGAACUUCAAGAAACUUUGUCUUCAGACUCUGUGUUUGUGCUGAGCUCACUCACACUUCUCAGCCUUGUUUAAUCCAAGAAGGAACAUAAAAAUGAUUGGUCUAAAGAACAACAAUGCCAAUUGGUAUUUUCUAUUUCAGAAGAAAGUAUAUUACCUAAUCGUCCCUAUAAUUGACCUGGUAGACAAUAGAUGUGAUUUAUUAUAAAAUAUUUAUUAAAACAUGAAAUAAACUAACCAAGUGAUAAAAAUUCAUUAAAAUUGUUUAUUGUAAUGCUUCCUCCCUUUAUAAUUUGGUUUUCCACAACAAUUUUGAUACUGAUAUUUAGAUAUUGACAAUAGCAGCCUAUGUUAUUCUUUUAAAAUAUACUUUUAUUUUAGCUGUACAUAUUUAUGGUGUUUUAUGUUUAAAUUUGGUACACUCCAGAACUAGUUGGUAUUAUCAACAUUUAUGAUUAAUUAAAUAUUUUCAAGUAUUUUACAUUUGAUUAACAUGUGGUCAUUGCACAAAUUAAUGUAUCUGUAGUGUGGUUAAUAUUUUAACACAUAUAUCUAAUAUGUAGUAGUCAAACCAGAAUUAUUGCUAUUUCCUAAUAAUCAUUUUAGAUUUAUGCUCACUAUUUUAUGCCCUUAGUGGGAAUUGGUGAGAGUGAUAAGCUUCUGUACUUGAAAGUUGUACUGACUGGUUUUGUGUGUUAACUUGACACAAGCUGGAGUUACCACAGAGAGUAGUUUCCCUUUAGGAAAUGCCUCAUGCGAAAUGUAAGGCAUUUUCUCAAGUAGUGAUCAAUGGUGGGAGGACUCAUUGUAGGUGAUGCCAUACCUGGGUUGGAAUUUCUAAGUUCUAUAGAAAAGCAAGCUGAGCAAACCAGAGGAAGCAACCCAGUAAGAAGCCUCCAGGUCCUGUGUCCAGGUUCCUUCCCUGUGUGAGUUCCAGUCCUGACUUCCUUUGAUGAUGAACAGCAAUAUGAAAGUGUAAGCUAAAUAAAUCUUUUCCUCUCCAACUUGCUUCUUGAUCAUAGUGUUUUGUGCAGGAAUAGAUAUACUGGUUAAGACAAAAGUCCAGUAACAUACCACAGCCAAGCAGGUAACAGCCCUGAAAGAGAAGCAAAAUGCCUGGUCCUUUGUAAAAACAUCACUGUCCAAAAGAGCCCACUAGGCAACAUUUAGUUUGGAAACUUCCUGACUCUCCUUGUGCAAUGUUAUGUUUAUAUACAUCAUCUUCCAGGAGACCAAUAUUAUUGUGUUGUUUUUUGUUGUGUCCUUUAUAAAAAUAUAAUAACUUCA